CGCCGCGGCUCCGCCUUCACAAAAAAACCCAUCUCCAGUCGUCGACAGAACUUUGCAGUUAAACACUUGAUUUGUUUUAGAUGGAAAAACAAUUAAAAUGAAGGGUAGUAGCAUGUGAAAGUAUCUGCUGCUGGUCAAACGUCGUUUUUUUGGUGGAAAGAUGCACGCGAGCUCGUAGCCAAAGAACUGACACCAGAGCUGCUGUUUUCCUGCUUGUUAAAGAGGUCCUUCCUGUUCAAUCAUGGCCCGCGGCUGCAUCUGCUGUGUGAAAUACAUGCUCUUCCUCUUUAACCUGCUUUUCUGGCUGGGAGGAUGUGGUUUGUUGGGUGUUGGUGUGUGGCUUUCAGUUUCCCAGGGCAGCUUUGCCACCCUGUCGCCCUCCUUCCCCUCGUUCUCCGCAGCCAACCUCAUCAUCACCCUCGGCACCGUGGUCAUGGUGACGGGGUUCCUGGGCUGUCUGGGUGCCAUCAAGGAGAACAAGUGCCUGCUGCUGAGUUUCUUCAUCGUCCUGUUGAUCAUACUUUUGACUGAACUUAUCCUCCUCAUCCUCUUCUUCGUCUACACGGACAAGGUGAAUGAAAAUGCCAGACGGGACCUGAAGGAAGGCCUGGCUCUGUACAACACAGACGACAACGUUGGUCUGAGGGACGCCUGGAACACCAUCCAGAGAGAGUGGAAGUGUUGUGGGGUGAUGACCCACGAGGACUGGCACRCUGCUCUGCACAACAACGCUGUUCCUGACAGCUGCUGCCAGCUGGUCUCACAGGGCUGCGGACGCAACGCCUCCAACACCUUCUGGACACGAGGUUGCUAUGAGAAAGUAGAAGAAUGGCUGGAUGACAACAGACACCUGCUGGGAACCAUUGCCAUGUGUGUGUUGGUCAUACAGCUGCUUGGUAUGGCUUUCUCCAUGACUCUUUAUCAGCAAAUCCACAGAGCAGGAAAGAAGUACGAAGCCUGAAAGGUUCUCUAAAGUUUCUGCUGGUUUGCAUCAACACUCGCCUAGGAUAGAACACACAACCAACUACACUUUGAUAGUUUAAGACCUCUCACUUUCCAUUCAAGAAGCUUUAACAGCCUGCGUGAAGAGAGGAGUUAAGAA